GCUUCUUCUGGGUGAUUUGUAGUAUGAGUCUAAGGAUUGAAAUACAGGGAGAAUCAGGGGUGCCCGGAGUAUAGUUACUUUUCCAUCCUCACAGCUGACCUUCCCUUCAACAUACAGAGGGAAGGUCAACACGACCUGGUCUCAGUGGUUAAAAUAUUGUGAUAGAUUGAUUGUGUGAUUAUGAAGAUGAAACGGAAUCCAAUAGAAAGUCUUCCGGACAAUCUCAGGAUGUCCGGGAUUCCAGAAUCUUUAAAAAGAGGUUUAGAUGCACUCCCUCCUCUCUGCGUAGGAUGCCAUUCUCCGAUUCAUGAUCAGUUUAUUCUAAGGGUGUCUCCAGAUCUAUCCUGGCAUGCUGCUUGUCUCAAGUGCAACGAAUGCCAAAUGUUCCUGGAUGAAACUUGCACUUGUUUCGUCAGAGAUGGGAAAACCUACUGUAAAAAGGACUAUGUGAGACUGUUUGGUGCCAAAUGUGACAAAUGUGGCUGUGCCUUCGGAAAGAAUGAUUAUGUGAUGCGCGCAAAGAAUAGAAUUUUCCACUUGGAAUGUUUCCGGUGUGUUGCGUGUGAACGUCAACUUAUUCCUGGAGACUCCUUUGCCCUGCGAGAAGAUGGACUAUUCUGUAAUCAACAUCAUAGAGUAGAUAAAGAAGACGGGUCAGAGACAAACAACAACAAAACUAUUCUUAACAACAAUAGUAACAACAGCGAAGAUGGAGAUGAUAAGUCUGAAGAAGGAACUAUUGGCGAUCUAUCCGACGGUGAGUCUUUGUCUGGUCUGGAUACCGAAGGGCUACACGACUCCAAGAAGCAUAAAAGAAACCUGCGUAAAACUGCUCGGGCCCGUACUGUGCUAAGUGAGAAACAGCUAAACAUUUUAAAAACGUGCUACUCAGCAAAUCCUCGCCCUGACGCUCUCAUGAAGGAACAGCUGGUUGAGAUGACCGGACUCAGUCCUAGGGUUAUCAGAGUCUGGUUCCAAAACAAGCGCUGUAAGGAUAAGAAGAUUCAAAACCGACUAAUAGAGAAGCAACUACAGGGGGAAAAGGAUGGUCGCAAGCUCGGAUACGGAAACAUGCAGGGGAUACCUAUGAUUGCUAGUUCUCCAGUGCGACAUGAAAGUUCUCCUCUGAUGAAUCCUGUGGAUAUUCAUGGAUACCAACCUCCUUGGAAAGCUCUCUCUGAGUUCGCAAUGCAACCUGACAUAGAACGGUUGGAUCCAGGACAUCCGAACUUUCAUCACAUCAUGCAGCAGAUGCAUGGAUAUCCUGGAGAUCUUCUACCACCAGGGUGUCGUCUUCCUCCUCCUCCUGGCCCUCUUCAUGGUCCACACGAAAUAUUGUACAGAUCUCCUCCUGAUAUGGUCCUGCAUCCCCCUACUGAUAUGGAUCCGUCCUGUUCUCCUGAUGACUGGUCCCAGGAUCCUCCUCCUGGGACGGAUCUGUAUCCUCGUCCCGAUACGGAACCCGAGUUCGGAUACCUAGACACCAGUGAUGAUAGCGGUAGACAUACUGGACCUGAUCCUUCUUCGCCAUAAACCAGUGAUACAGUCCUGUCCUAAUCUCGUCCUGGAUACCCUAUACAAACUAUGGAUAGUCUCAGAUAAACAUGGAUAAUCUUAUUUAAAUCAGAUAUCCAACCAAUACAUAAACUGAUCCAGGUUUUUUAAUCUUGUUCGGUUUCUCCUAAAAUUUAUUGAAUAUCCUAAUCAUAUCUUGGGUAUCCUAACCACUUGUUCAUCCAUACUCGUCCAGUGAUUUCCUAAUCAUGCUCCCGGGACCUGACUCCGGGUACUGUUCGUAAAUAUUUAUAUAUGUUUUCGUUUUCAAUGGAAAUCUUAUUCCUUGUUACCCUAGCUUAUGCUUCAAGUCUUACCUUGAGCCUGGUGUUAAGACUUCCAGCUGAAGUAAAGCUGAGAGUUUAUACUUUAAGCAAGAAAUCCCAAAAUUGAGCCCGGCUUAGUAGUAUGACUUAAUUAGAAAACCUAGGGUUUCAGAUCGAAUAAGAAAUGUGUGAUAAAUUAGUUCUAAAUAUAUUUAAAGGACUUUGUUGCGGUGAUUUUAGUGAUGCGAUGAAAAUUGGCUUUAAUACCCUUCUUUCUUCAGUAAAACUUCGUAUGGUAUAAAUAGGUUAACCUUAAAUUGUAAUUGAAGGGAAAACAAAUUCAGUUUAUUCUUAGAUUAUAAAUGGAAAGCUUUACUAUUUAAUUUAACUAUCUCUGGGAUAAACUUGCAUUGUUGGUUUCUCCUAAAGUUCUGAGGUGUUCACUAUUUAUAAAAAUAACAUUGGAAGUACCAUUUAUCAUCUAAACAUAAACAGGAGCAAGCUAAGAAUCUCAUCUCUCUUUUCACCAAAGUCUAAAUGCGCACACAGAGUAUCUUCAAAACUUUCUGAGUCGUUGUCUAUAAACAUAAACUUUACAUAUUCAUUAUUUAAAUGACAAACUUCAAGGAAUCCAAAAUAAGCAUAUAGAUACAUAAUUACAUAUUUAUAUAUAAGUAAUUAUUUAUAAAUAGUAACUUAGUAAACCAUCAAACUUAUUACAUAAAAAGAAUAUGAGAAGAACCGGUGGCUGAUUUGAUCUACUAUGGUAGGUUACAUUUACUCCAUCAGGUUUAAAACUCUAGUCCAGCUAAUAAAUAAUGAAUUGUCUGUAUCUUUGGACGUAGAUAAUUUCUGUAAUGAACAAUCUUUUCUAACAAGUAACAAUCCUUGGAAUCUUGUAGUUUGUGUAUCUGUAUUUUAAAGGACGUUUUAUGUUUCUAAUUCUAAAUUAUCUGGAAUUGUUUCAUCGAGUCUGCUUUCUAGAAUCGAUAUUGUACUGCUGUAAACGUAGUCUUGAAUUAAUAUAAAUCCUGAAAAUUAUAAAAAUCUAGAAUCUUAAAUUUCUAGAUAACAAACAUUAUUAAUUCCACAAUUCUUGAUUUAAGGAUUACAUAUUUAAGAUCUAGAAGAACAAAUAGUGUGUCUGGAAUAAACUAAGAAAAUAACUAUUGGUGUGAUGUAAUAAAGAAAAAAGGAUAUAUAAAUACAAAAUAAAAGUUAAA